UUAUAAUUCAAGUUUUUCUGAAAAGAGGAAAAGAUGAAAUUUCAACAACUAUCAAUCCUUUGUGUCUUACUUUUUACUUUUGGUACAACUUUUGGCGAGAAAAUUUCAAUUAAUUUAUUGAAUCCUUGCCAAAGUUCAAAUUCAGAAGUUUCAACCAGGAUGGCUCUUCCAAUAAACGUCUACUAUAAUAUGUUUCGCAACGUUCUAUCGACUCAAGAUCAAAUUGCUCAAAAUGUAUUAAAGGCAAUUGACAAAUCUAUAUUUUCUAUCGGAUCGGCAAAAAAAGCUCUUGGUUCAGUUCAAGGCAAUAAACUAUCAAAGGACGAAACGAACAUCAACCAAGGGCUUUCUAAUUUAAGGAAAUCAUAUGUAUUGAAUAUCUACUAUUUUGAGCAAACUCAUCUUGGAUUGAAAACUUUAAAAGAUGAUGAAAUUGCUGGUCUUAGUAAAUCAUUUUCUGGUGUUGAAUUGAAAACAUGGGAAUUUGGACUAUGCAUUCUUGAUCAAAUUACUCUGGCUAAAAACGCUCCAAUUGAUUAUAACUUUGCAAGAGAUAUUCAAAAUUCUGAGAUACAUAAGAGGACUCACUGGAAUGAAGUUCUAAUUGACGGUUAUAUUGCUGGUUUCCUUUUUAGAGAUUUGUCUUCCGCUGCUUUUAACUUCUUGGAGUACAUGAAAAAUCAAGGCUAAAGAAUGAAAAAGAUCAGCUCUAUAUCUUUCACUAUCUUGCUUCUCUUUUAAACGAAAUAUUAAUGAAAAAUAACUUUUCUGCGUAGUUCAGAGAAUAAAGUCUACUAUUUUUUAUAUUUUCUACUUUUUGAUAUUCAAACUUUUCAAAAUACUAAAUCCUUUUUAUAUUCAAUACAUUUUAUAUGAAAA